AUGUCGAAGAAUCCCUUUUCGUUUGUGACUAGAUAUUCACAUACGCUUAGAGUAUCACGACUAUCGUGACUCAAGCUACUGUGGGUUAUAACUUUCUUCUAUGAGUUUCUAUGAAAGUUGGAUUGCAACGUUUAUCUCUUGAUAAAAUCUCAAUUUUGCAGUACUUUGUGUUUUGAAAGUUCACUGAAAUGUUGAACAUUCUCUUGAAGACACCGACACGAGACCGCAUAAAUAGAGGCCGUGCGGGACGAUGGAGAAUUGACGAUGGUGCAUGACAUCAACUCAUGAACUCAUCCUUAUUUUUUCCUUAAUUUCUGGUGCAUGAAUCUUUGUUCAAGGUGCAUGACUCUCACUCAUCUACUUAUAAUAUCCAUUCACAUUUUGCAUUUAUGCUCUCUGUUACUUGUAUCCAUCCUCUUUCUAUCCUCUGACUCAUUAUGCCCCAUGUUGUUAGUUUAGUUUUCUUUUGGCUUCCUUUUGAAGUUCUGGCAUUAUUACUCGAUCUAUUAACCUGAACUACUUGUUUUAUUUUUUUUCUUGGCUUGUUUAAUUGCCCAAGUUUGAGGCGCGAUUUGGUUGGUGACCUAAAUAAAGUGUGCAAUAUCUACAUCCGCGUGGCAUAGUAGUACGAUAUUUCUUGCAUAGUGCAUCGACAAUAGCGAUCUGAGCUGCAAGGAACAUUCGUCAGUAAAGGUAGGAUAUCUAUUGCAGAACAAACCGCUUUGCACGUUAGGUACUACCCUUGACUGCAGUAAUUCCGAUUACGAGUGGACUAACCAGGUGGACUCUAACCUGAAGGACUUGGUAGUUAUCAAAACUGACUCUGGACUGUUCGGAAAUGGCUACUUCUUUGAAAACACGUAAAGGUGUCUUGACUCGACACUUCAACACCCUGUCACAGCUUUUGUCUCUCUACGUGGAUCUAAAUCGAUAAACAGAAAGGUAUCGGAGCAUAUCGAGAAAGCUCAAGAGCUAAUUUCCCGCUUAGAGGAAACCCGGCUAAAUCUUGUGGGAAAAAAGCAGGGAAUCUUAUUUACUCGAGAACCCAGGGAAUCGCCGGAAGUCACAGCUCCUGCAACCAAAUUUGAACUCCCUAGAAUAGCAGUUCCAGAGUUUACCGGAAGAGCAUGGCAGUGAGACAACUUCUGGGAGCUUCAUAAUUCUACAGUCCAUUUACAACCCCUAUCCGAUUUAAAGAAGUUCAAUGAUUGCUUAGAUCCCUGAAAGGAGUUGCUCGAAAAUGCUUAGAUCCCUGAAAGGAGUUGCUCGAAAAUCUAUAGCACGAUACCAGGUUACAUCAGCAAAUUACGGGCUGGUGAUCGACCACCUAAAAUUGAAAUAUGGAAGAACCAGCAAAAUCGUCACCGACCUACACCGUAAAUUGGAAAAAUGGACAGCAAGAAGCAAAACGCUGAAGGUUCAACGAAAACUCCUUGAGCAACUAAUGGUGAUCACAUACAUACACUUACACCCAAAACACCCAAAGGUCAAAAGGACAACUCAUGGCUCAUAUCUAAGGUCUUAUCGAAAUUCUCGGAGAAUAUUCUCAAAGAGAAAGUUUCGAUACCCUAGGAUGAGAGGACCAUGGGACGACAAUUACGAUGUCUUGACGAGAUUAUCAGGCAGGAAGAACAAAUCGAAGAACAACUUCCAACUAAGCCUGGAAAAAAGAUUAAGCCACUAAAAAUGCGUGGACAGACAGACUAUAGAUGUGUAGAAAAUAUGCCGUUUUGAUCUUAUUGCAACGAGAAAAAUCACUGGUUCACACAGUGCAUGAAAAUCUCCGAUCCCAAGCAAAGAUCGGAACACUUGAAAGCUACUCAUAAGUGCAUCAAUUGCAGUUCACAGAGACUCACCUCGACUGAGUGUAAGUCCUCGGGUUGCAAAAAUUGUGGAAAGAAACACCACACAUAUGUCUGCUUCAAGGCAAAUCUUCGGCCAUUCAACAAAAGGCAAAGGAUGGCAGUAGGAAAAAGCUGGCCAUUACGCGUCAAAACGUUGCUUGUUUCGAGAACGAUCAAAAACCACGUUCGGACAGCGAAAACGGAACGAAAAGGACACCAUUGA